GAAGAAGAACGUUGUAGACGUUGCCAGAGGGCGUGGCAUGAGCGGUGACGUCGUGUUUAUGUCAAACCAGCAGCUAUCAAUUGAUGUUCUGUCACAAACCUCAAACCGUGGAACGAACUAACGCAUUAAAACUCUAACUGAAGAAGGUGUGCCUUAGUGUCACCCUUGCCUGGGUGCCAUGGUCCUCUGUUCCAUAUGAGCUCUACUAUGUGGUACAUCAUGCAAAGCAUUCAAAGUAAAUACUCCUUAUCUGAGAGGCUCAUCCGCACUAUUGCAGCCAUCCGCUCCUUCCCUCAUGACAAUGUUGAGGAUCUUAUUCGUAAGGGAGCUGAUGUGAACCGAAUGCAUGGCACACUGAAGCCCCUUCACUGUGCCUGUAUGGUUGCUGAUGCUGACUGUGUGGAGCUGUUGUUGGAGAAAGGCGCAGAGGUGAACGCUUUGGAUGGAUAUAACCGCACAGCGUUGCACUAUGCAGCAGAGAAAGAUGAGAGCUGCGUGGAGCUGCUGUUGGAGUAUGGAGCACAGCCAAAUGCCCUGGACGGCAACAAGGACACUCCAUUGCAUUGGGCUGCCUUUAAAGAUAACCCUGAGUGUGUGAGGGCCCUGCUGGAGAGCGGAGCCUGUCCUAAUACCAGGGACUACAACAAUGACACACCGUUGAGCUGGGCAGCAAUGAAGGGUAACCUCGAAAGUGUCAAAGUGUUACUGGACUAUGGCGCUCAGGUUCACGUUACCAACCUGAAGGGCCAGACCCCGAUCUCCCGACUGGUUGCUCUGUUGGCCCGAGGCCUGGGCACUGAACAGGAGGAAGAGUGCUUGGAGUUGCUUUGCCGGGCUGCAGGGCGGUUUGAGAUCCGACGGGCUGACGGCACCCUUCCCCGAGAGUUGAGUAAGGAUCCCCAGCUGCUUGCACGACUGAAAAACAUGGUGGCUCAUGCUCCCACACUCCGCUCCUUAGCCCGUUGUGCUGUUCGGCAGAGUCUCGGUGGGCAGUUUCUUCCCACCGCAGUGAAAGAGCUUCCUUUACCAGAGACAGUCAAAGACUAUCUACUGCUGAGGGACUAAGGUGACUAGAUAAUAUAGGGAAUGGAGGGGGUGGGGCUUAAGACAUCUGCUGAUUGAGACAGAUCACUACAGUGCAUUUACAGGGAAUAAAGUCCCCUUAGAGGAGGCGGUUUGGUAGCGCUCCAUGUGUCAAAUGAUCCUGGAAACAAAGGCAGAAAAGAGGUAGAAAUGUUUGUUUGUUUUUUUAACUGAAAAACAGCACAACAUCACAGUGAGCAACAAUUUUAUGUCUGUCAUUUUCCUAAAACAACGUUAUGCACUUUUGAUGACUUGGCAUUUUUCUGCAACCUUUUGUUUUGUUUUAUUUUGUAAAUACACACUACGCAAACACACAAUUUUAGUAUUGCUGUGAUUCACCACAGGAGUUAGAAGACAAGACCAGCCUGAGCUCUGCUGUAUGUUGGACGUAUUAGUAUUUAUUUGACAUCACUUCAGAGAAAGACUUAAGUAAUUACAUUUUAAAGUUUGAAUGUAGUGAUAGAACAUAGAUUGGUGUGGGUUUUUUGCAGCGCAUGUUAAGUCUUGAUCGUUUGGUGAUUACGUUAGUAUUGGCAGGAUUAAAUUAAAGACGAUGAAGCCCUAAACUGCUUGACCUGGGGAAACACUUCCACCUUUGAUUGUGGAAUUGGGAUAAAGGAUUAAAAAAUCAACUAAAGACUUGGAUCAUGCUAUUUGUCUGUCCUUCAAGUCAAUUUAUUUGUACAUUGCCAAAUCAGAAAAUAAGUUGCCCCAACGCACUUCACAAGAGUAAGGUCUAACCCAGGGGUCACCAACCCUGUUCCUGGAGGGCACCUGUCCUGCAUGUUUUCUAACUCUCCCUGAUCCACUUCCAGGCAAUUAGGCUAACUGUCAGGUGUGCUCAGUCAAUCAACAGCUAAGACACCACUUAAAAAAAAACAGAUGUGACUUGAGUAGGUUGACGUGGAAAACACCAGCCCUGUUCCUGGAGAGCCCCUGCCCUGUAUGUUUUCCACGUCACCCUAUUCAAGUCAUGCCUGUUUUUUUUUUUUUGUUAAGUGGUGUCUUCCAGCUGUUGACUGUCUGAGCACAGCUGAUCGAGUUAAUUGCCUGGGAGUGGAUCAGGUAGAGUUACAAAACAUGCAGGACAGGUGACCUCCAGGAACAGGGUUGACCCCUGCUCUAACCUUACCCACCCCAUGAACAAGCACACUAGCAACAGUGGUAAGGGAAAAACUCCCUCAGGUAUUUUUUUGAUUAUAGGGAGACUCAAUGAGGUGACCAUUGGCUUUGGUCAUGCAAACAUUAACAAAUAAGAUGAGGCAUAACAAGGAAAUAUCAAACAUGCAGAGUUUAGUUGUCACAAUAACCUAAUGGCCCAAAAAGCACCCAAAUGACAAAGAGCAGAGUCUCAGCCAAUGGAAUGCACACAUUUUACCAAUGUACCAGUACUCCUGCCACGCUAGGAACAUUCUCAGAAAGUUUGCUUUAGACUACCAAUGGUCUCUAGUGGACAAAACACUUCUUGUGUCAUCUCAGUUCACCCAGCUGUAAAUGCAGGAAGUAAUCCACAACAGACUGGUGUCACAUCCAGGGGGAGUUGUAGGCGCUCAUCUCCUUCAUGCCUGGGAUAACCACCGGCCCCAAUGAGCCACAUGGCUUAUGCAGGACUUACUUGGGCACCACUGCAGUUGAAGUGAGCACCUACUUUAUGAAUAACCAAUCAUUUCUUCACAAAUUCCCAGAUACAGAGUCAAUCUCUCCCUCCUGUAUUAUUUUUUUUUUUUUUUUUUUUUUGUGAUCCCAUGUGGAGUUGACUACCAAACAGAAACCACAUACUAAAACCUUACUUUGCUUUUUGACAGAUGACCAUCACCAGGCUCGCAAUGAAGGAUUCAUCUGAAAAAAAAUUAAAUGCAGAUUAAAAACUGUUACCUUGCCUGCUGUAAAUGUUUAGUAUUUAUUGGGCUUUCAUUUCAUGAAAGUUGCAUUUGCCAAGCAGAUUUUUUUAAUAAGUAUAGAUUUGCAAAAGUUAGGGUUUUCAAGGGUGCUGAUUAUUGCUGCGCUUUUCCAGCAAAAACACAAUUAUUUUAAGCUACAUGUUAAGUGUUACACCAUGUAAUGGCAUGAUUACUAAGGGGCUUAGUUUUUUGUUCUUCAAAUAUUUACUCUAUAAGCUUGCAAAAUGUAAUUGUUCCACUAUCUGUCUAAAAUCUGACCAUUUGUGUGCUUGAUUUUGUUUAUUCUGCAUAUGUAUGAAAAUAUCCUUUGUCUUGUGAACACCUACAAAGUGGCUUUUUGUUUGUUUAAUGAAAGUAAAUGACUUUGUAUCCUAUUCA